GGAUCCCCGGGCAAUGCAACACCCAGCGGUAUCUGCGUCAUCUUCAUCUUCAUCCUCGUCGUCGUCGUUGCCAAGCUGGGGAUGCGGGGACGAGGGCAGGGGGUCGCCGAGGAGGAUGCGGAAACCGGCAGGACUAGGGCAGCGAGGCACACAGCUCCUAGCGAACAUGGUGGCUCCGUUCACGUCGCCCAAGUACGCACCGCACCAGGAAGGCAGCCGACGAGGAGGCCGGCACCAAGGUAUGGGGACCAGUUCUCCAUCGCCGUCACAUGACAUUAACAUCUCCAUGCCCUACUGCCCGGCGGCCACGACCUUGGCGGAUAUCACCAUGGUGUCGGUGCCAUGUGGACCAUCAGCUCGCACAGCUCAUAGUCCGUGUAGACCAUCAGCUCAUAGUCCCAGUCACUCCUCGGUGCCAGGUGGCUCACAAGGAGUCCAUAUGAGUAGUAUGGGCCUCCCACACACCUCUGGACAGUCCUCACAGUCACGCUGCAGUCCAACUGCGGACCAUGACUUUCCGCCCUUAUAUACUGAGGUGAUAGAAAAUCCCACCUUAUAUACAAGUGUUAGUAGACCCUCAGAACCAAGGACAAACAGUGGGAAAAUAUGACCACCAAGUCUUUUACUUAGUCUUUCAAACAUACUUUAUAAUAUCACUUAAGAUGUACUUGUUGUAAUGAAAGUUGUUAUAUCCCCUGGGAUGUGAUAGUGUGACGCGUGAUACAGUGCUGAAGCCAGCAGGUGUCUUGGUGCUCAGUGGUGGUGGGCCGGUGCUCAGGCUCACUCCUGUGCAUUACCAACUGCCAGCGUGCAUGUGCACUCAGGUGUGUGAGGGUGGCCAGGUGCGGCCCUGCCAAAUGUAUGACCAAAUACAUGUCAGCAGGGCAUGAAGUGUGCAUUCGGAUCCACCAGAUGGGACCGGUGCAUGCAUAAGGACCAGAGCAGUUGGGACCAGCCGCUGUAGUGGUGGAUGAAGGAGUCACCAGUGCCUGGGGUCCCAAGGACCAGUGCCAGGGUGGCUGGCAGCAGUGCAGAUCUGCCACACACUGUUUUGUACUGCUAACAGUCACCUGAUGGCUCACACAGUGUAUUGUAGAGUGCUGCAGCAUUUCCAGGGCCAAGUCCCAUAUGUGAUAGGCCUUCUCUCUGUAUCUGAGUGGACAAGUGAUGGAGUGUGGUGCGUGGCGAUGGCUGAGGGAAUGUGGCUGGGUGACCUGUAGCUUAGACACAGGCAGACCAGAGACUCAGGGAACAUUGCAAAACCUUUGUAUUGCUCUUCUCAUUUGAGAAACAAGUGAUGGCAUUGCUAAUGGAAGUAAAUAGUAUGUAAUUGGUUAAAUUUAAGUUCCCUGGGACUGGGCGGGGUGAGACUGGCUAUGGAGGUGUGGCAGAGUGGUGGCGGUGGCGAGAUUGCUGUUACUGCCACUUGUUCCUCACUAUCACGUGCUGUGCUGUCUAGUCUGGAGAGGUGGAUGGCCAUGGCGAGUGACGCAUCCUGCCUCCUGAUCUACUACAAGGUUCACACUCACAUAUUCAUGUUAUUACUCCCACUCAGUGACACAUGCACACCUCCUGGCUUGACUAGCCCCUUGUGGAGUAGAGUCCCGUGGGCAACAUUAACUGUUAUUCCACUGCCAGGUAUAUAUUAGGUUUUGUAAGACUUGCCUGUAAUUCAUUGUUCUGCCCUGUUGGCAGGUUAUAUUCCUUCCACCCCAGCUGCAAAGCAGUCAUUGCGAGAAUGUAUCAGAGGUGUAUGGUGCCACAAUAAAUGAGAUUGUGUGAA